UUUGUUCCCCUUUCCGACGGUGUGUGAGGUUCUGGGUCGGGGUGGGUCUUCUGCUCUUUCAUAGGUAGGGCUUAAACGCCUGGGUUCCCCUUCCCUACACUGGCUUAUUUAUAUGAGAGGAAAUAGGAAGACUCGGAUGCCUGGGUUCUUUUUGAAUAACAGCCGGUCUUUAGAGAUGUACCCAUCGGUUUCUCUGUUCUCUACACGCAUCUGCCUAUGAAAGCUCUUGCUGCGAUAAAGCUGCUGGUCCCUAUGAUUUGAUUCUAUACUAGCCCCUGCAGACUAACAGUUGCGUUCCUGGAAUUUUAGAUCUUCGCCUGCCUGCAUCUCGAUCCAACAGCUGCCCACUUAGCUGCCUGCAUUAUUGUGGUUUUUGACCACCUUGGGAAAUGGCGGACUGUUCGGCUCUUCAGUUUGUCAGCCCUUAUGCUUUUGAAGCCAUGCAGAAGGUUGACGUCGUGCGCUUGGCAGCUCUGAGCGAUCCAGAGCUCCGGCUGUUGCUGCCUUGCUUGGUGCGGAUGGCCUUGUGCGCCCCGGCGGAUCAGAGCCAGGGUUGGGCCCAGGACAAAAAGCUGAUUCUUCGCUUGCUUUCAGGAGUGGAGGCUGUCAACUCCAUUGUAGCCUUGCUGUCCGUGGACUUCCACGCUUUGGAGCAAGAUGCCAACAAGGAACAACAGCUUAGGCAUAAACUUGGAGGAGGCAGCGGCGAGAGCAUUUUGGUGUCUCAGCUGCAACAUGGUCUGACGCUGGAGUUUGAACAUAGCGAUUCCCCUCGGCGGCUCCGUCUGGUGCUUAGUGAAUUACUGGCAAUUAUGAACAAGGUGGCCGAGUCCAACUGUGAGUUUUUUUUCAAAUCAUCAGAGCUGUUUGAGAGCCCUGUUUAUUUGGAGGAAGCAGCAGAUGUUCUCUGUAUUCUUCAAGCUGAGCUUCCUUCGUUGUUACCUAUCGUGGACGUGGCUGAAGCUUUGCUGCAUGUGAAGAACGGUUCUUGGUUCCUCUGUCUCUUAGUGGCCAACGUUCCUGACAGCUUUAAUGAAGUGUGCAGGGGCUUGAUCAAGAACGGGGAGCGGCAAGAUGAAGAAAGCUUUGGGGGCCGCCGCAGGACGGAGGCUCUCCGCCAUCUUUGCAAGAUGAACCCUUCCCAGGCGCUGAGGGUCCGUGGCAUGGUGGUGGAAGAGUGCCACUUACCGGGACUCGGGGUUGCUUUGACUCUAGAUCACACGAGGAACGAGUCUUCGGAGGACAGUGUUAGCGACCUGGUGUGCUUUGUGAGCGGCCUGCUGCUCGGGACCAACGCAAAAGUUCGGACUUGGUUUGGGACUUUUAUCCGGAACGGGCAACAGAGAAAGAAGGAGACGGUUGGCUCCGUGCUUUGGCAGAUGCGGAGGCAGCUGCUGCUGGAGCUGAUGGGGAUCCUGCCUACUGUCCGCAGCACGCACGUGACGGAAGAGGCGGAAGCUGACCUGGAAGCCAAUGUCUCUGUGUAUUCAGGGCUGAAGGAGGAGCACGUGGUCAAAGCCUGCGCCCUCCUGCGCCUCUAUUGCGCUUUGAUGGGUAUCGCUGGUUUGAAGCCGACAGACGAGGAGGCGGAGCAGUUGCUGCAGCUCAUGACAAGCCGCCCACCAGCUACUCCAGCCGGCGUCCGCUUUGUGUCUCUUUCCUUCUGCAUGCUGCUGGCCUUCUCUACGCUUGUCAGCACCCCAGAACAGGAGCAGCUGAUGGUGAUGUGGCUGAGCUGGAUGAUCAAAGAAGAAGCUUAUUUUGAAAGCACUUCUGGGGUGUCUGCAUCAUUUGGAGAGAUGCUACUGUUGGUCGCCAUGUAUUUCCAUAGCAACCAGCUCAGCGCUAUCAUUGACUUGGUCUGUUCUACCCUGGGGAUGAAGAUUGUUAUUAAGCCUAGUUCUCUCAGCCGCAUGAAGACCAUCUUCACGCAGGAGAUUUUCACAGAACAGGUUGUCACUGCUCACGCUGUCCGCGUGGCGGUCACGGGCAACCUGAGUGCAAACAUCACCGGAUUCCUGCCCAUUCACUGCAUUUACCAGCUUCUCAGGAGCCGCUCUUUCACCAAGCACAAAGUCUCCAUCAAGGACUGGAUUUACAGGCAGCUUUGUGAAACCACCACUCCGCUCCAUCCUCAGCUGCUCCCUCUGAUUGAUGUUUACAUCAACUCCGUUCUCACGCCAGCCUCGAAAUCCAACCCGGAAGCCACAAAUCAGCCCGUCACAGAGCAGGAGAUCUUGAAUGUUUUUGAAGGCCUAACAGGGGGAGAGAACUCUCGUCUGAAUCAGCGUUACGGAAUCACGGCCCAACUUCUAGUCCUUUAUUACAUUCUGUCUUACGAAGAGGCAAUCCUGGCCAGCUCAAAGACGCUGGCUGCCAUGCAGAGGAAGCCUAAGUCUUACUCCCCUGCAUUGAUGGACCAGAUCCCGAUCAAAUACCUCAUCCGGCAGGCUCAAGGACUGCAGCAGGAAUUGGGAGGCUUGCACUCUGCUCUGCUCCGUCUCUUGGCGACCAACUAUCCCCACCUCUGCAUCGUGGAUGACUGGAUCUGCGAGGAGCACAUCACGGGCACGGAUGCUUUGCUGCGCAGGAUGCUCCUGACCAACGCUGCCAAAAAACACUCACCCAAGCAGCUCCAGGAAGCGUUUUCAGGGCUGCAAGGAAAUCAUACUCAAGUUCUGCAGAUCCUGGAGCAUUUGACACUCCUGUCGGCUGGAGAGCUGAUCCCUUACGCGGAGGCGUUGACAUCAAAUAUGAACCGGCUCCUCUACCCUGGAAUCCCUCUGCGAAUUCUCCAGACCACCAACAGGCUUUGGAUGGCCUUGAACACGGUCAUGCCUCGGAGGUUGUGGGUGAUGACGGUGAACGCCUUGCAGCCGUCCGACAAGAUGGUCAGACGGCAAAAGUACACACAGAAGGACUUGAUGAUCGACCCUCUGAUUGUGCUGAGAUGCGAUCAGAGAGUCCACAGGUGUCCCCCGCUGAUGGACAUCACUCUUCACAUGCUGAAUGGGUACCUUCUUGCUUCGAAAGCCUACCUGAGCGCCCAUCUCAAGGAAACAGCAGACCAAGACAACAGGCCAUCCCAAAACAACUUGGGCCCGGAAGCCACGGAGGUUACCAGGGAAGAACUGAAAAAUGCAUUGCUGGCUGCCCAGGAUAGCGCUGCGGUCCAGAUUCUCCUGGAGAUCUGCUUGCCUAUGGAAGGAGAGAAACCCCUGAGCAAUGGCUCUGGCAGGCUACUGAAGAGCAUCCUGUUCGCCGCCGGCUCCAGUCCUCGGAAGAAGCGGCCGAUGGAGGAGGAGGUGGCGGCAGCAGCACCGGAGGGGGACGGGGAGAAGGACGAGGACAGCCUCCUCUGCAACCUGCGGGAGGUCCAGUGUCUCAUCUGCUGCCUGUUGCACCAGAUGUUCAUUGCCGACCCCAACAUCGCGAAGCUCGUUCACUUCCAGGGUUAUCCAUGUGAACUGCUUCCCCUGACUGUGGCUGGCAUUCCAUCCAUGCACAUCUGCCUGGACUUCAUACCUGAGCUGAUUGCACAACCUGAACUGGAGAAACAGAUUUUUGCCAUCCAGUUGCUUUCUUACUUGUGUAUUCAGUAUGCUCUCCCGAAAUCCCUCAGCGUGGCGCGUUUGGCUAUCAAUGUCAUGGGAACGCUGCUAACAGUUUUAACUGAGGCAAAGCGCUAUGCCUUUUUUGUGCCCACCCUGCCCUGCCUGGUCUCGUUCUGCCAAGCCUUUCCUCCACUCUACGACGAUAUCAUGUCCCUGCUCAUCCAAAUUGGGCAAGUCUGUGCCUCGGAUGUUGCCACGGAGACGAGAGAUUUUGACCCAAUUAUUACACGUCUCCAGCAACUGAAGGAGAAGCCGUAUGAGCAGACAAGACUUCCUAAAGAGCCGGCUUAUAAAACUGGAGCAGGAGACACUAGUAGCCUGGACCCCAAUGUCCAGCUGUGUCAGUGUAUUGAAAAUACAUUCAUUGAAAUAAUUAGCAUGAGCGUCAGUGGAGUUUGAGGCCUGCCAGAAAUGGGAAGGGCCAUUGCCAAGUAUUUGGUGGUGGAUGCUGACUUCUGGUUGGGAAACUCCAAACUGAAGCUUUCCAGGUCAAAGUGAAGCUAAGAGUUGGCUUGGAAGAAACAAUAUCUUGGGUUUAAUGCAAAGUUGCAGAUGCAGCAAGCAAAUGCCGCUUUCAGUGAAAGCAUCUAAGGUUCUUGCAGUGGUCUCCAUGCUGCUUUUUCCUGGAUGGAAUCCAUAUUUUGUUGGGUUUUGAAGCGAGAGACUUGCAAAGGCUAGUCCAGUGUGCAUUCCUGAAAUGGUCUUUGGAGAAGCUAUUUCCCUGCUGUUUUCUUCUUCAGUGCCUCAGAUACCUCCCUGCAUCCUGCAUCUUGGGUCAAAGCUGAACCACAGCUUGAAAUCCGUAUGACAGCUUUAACUCAGACAGAUGUCCUGUGAUGACUGCUGGCCUGUGAAAGGAACUGUCUCCAUCAAGAAGAGUUUGAAAGAGGCUGGUGUUUGUUUGAAGUAAAAAAAAACCCCAAUCAUAGUGGUAGUGGGGACUAUUUUCUUGUUGCCGCCUAUUUUCUUGCUCAGAGCCAGCUGAAGUUUGAAAGCCCCAGGGUGGUCGGAUGUUUAGGAAAGGGAAGGGGGCAGAAGGAAAAUCAGUGGAGCAGACAUUGGCUUUUUGGUUCACCUGAAGCUGGCUUAUGGGGUUUAUGGCUGGGGCUGAGAGUUUCUUUUUUAGCCACCGAAAAGGGCAACCGGUGAGUUAGGGGGGCCAGCUGGGUUUAGCAUCUGAGUCUCUAGCUGUCUAUGCCGCCUAUAAAACUCUUUCUUGUCAGAUUUUUGCUCCAGUUUGAAUACCAACUUUUCUAGUUAACUUGACAAACAGAUGACUUUUUCUGCUGAGUUUUGAAAACUGAACAGAUUUUUUAAAAACACCGUGUAAGUUUUGGGAUGAUUGAUUGUUAAUAUGUUAAGAGAUGCCAGGAGGGGGGGAGUUUCAAAAGGACAUUUUUACUGAAACCUGUUUUAUUAUUGUAAUGCUGAUGUGUCAAAAAUGAUUUUUUAAUUGUGUUUGGCAAUAGGUAGCAGAGAGCUAAACUCACAGGGUUUUUUUUAACCCCAGCACAGCUAGUGAGGUGAGAUGUGGGAAUGUCUGCUUUUGUUCUAAAAUGUGUCUCGGAAGCUAAUACAUGUACUGGAAAAAAUAACAUGAAGAGUAAGCCUGAAACACCGUUACAAAAGAUUGUUAAUAUUUGUUUUCCAGCAAAGGUUUAAUACUCUUUAUGAAAUGCCAUUGCUUAAAGGUCAAUCAUUUUAUCAGUGGAAAACCUUCAGAUUCUUAGUCCUAGUAAGUGAUUUAGGUAAAAAAAAAUAUACCUCAGGUGGCUGUUUCGUGGUCCAUUUUAGGAAGUCCUUCACAUAUCCUUAUUAUUAGAUUAGUAUUAUUAGCAGUAGUAUUGCUUAGAAGUUGUCAUUUUUGUAGUCCAUUGCAUCUCCCUGAUCUACGAUUGCCUCGACUGCGAUCUUGAAGUCCAUAUGCAGAUUUUCACAAAUUGUCUGUGUAUUUUUGCAGUGGCCUGGUUCAGGCAUAACAUUUAAACUAUAGUUAAAAAUAAACGAUGGUUUAAUAUGAAGGAGCAGUUCCACCCUGUUCCUGCUAUUGCUGCACCGGGGAGGAACAAACCAGAGGCUGGCAUCACGCAACGUGCAAACCGGCACUUGUGGUUUGUUUCCCACCAAAUGAAACACAAGUGGAAGGCAAGGUAUGUUCUAGACUUAUCGUUUGUGGUUUGUUUUGGGGAAAAAGCCAUGAGUGCUGAUUUCCUUCCUGGCGCAGCAACAGCAGUAGUGAAGGAGGAAUGAACCGACGGACUUCGGAGCAGUGUGUACAAACACGCCGCUUGUUCACAUGAAAUGGUGUAUUUUUAACUAUGGUGUAAUGGGAUGUCUGAGCCAGCUAUUGAUUGCAGAAUUGCACUUAAAACAUUCCUUAAGCAGAGCCUCCCUGCUGCAUUAAUACGAAAGGUUUGGAUGUUGGAAUUACAUGGUAUAGGGAUGAGUCAAUGUAGGGCUGAGAGCCAAGUCGAUCGUUAUCCCCUGUACAGUUGUCUCCUGUUUUUUAAGUUCUGUAUUGCUGUUGUUUAAUUCUGUAGUGAUGAAACCACCAGGUUGAUCCUGACAUUGCUCUUCAGAAACAUUUUGUCCUUUAGCUAUUCAGCAUAUUCUGCUGAGAUUGUCAGUACAAUGCUACAUGCCAGUAUUAUCCUCUUACCAUAUGGAUGGUCAAAGCAUAUAUAUAUAUAUAUAUAUAUAUAUAUGAGAUGUGUUUUUAUAUUUUAGCAGAUUGUAACCGUUAUUUCUUAUAAAACAUGUAUAUAUGUUUGCAUGUUUUCUGGUUUUCUUAGGCUUGUAAUAUUUUUAUAUGCCACUGGGAGCAUUUUAUUUCAAUGAAACCCAGUGGAAAUCGUGUGUUUUCUUAUAAACAUUUGUACUGUUCCAAUGUAUUCUCUCUCCUGUUUUAAAAUUUCAUUACAUAAAUGUCCUAUAUAAUAAUAAUGAGCUCA